AUGGUGUUGUUGAACGAUGACGGCGAUUGGCCAGCUUGGGGUUACACACAAGUUUAUUGGCAGAGUAUACGCCCGCUGUCGUUUUUCCCAAGCCGUUUGUACCAUCCUAGAGCCCAUCACGUGGAAUACAGUUCAGGGUUUUAUCUUGGUUACUUCUGGGGUUCUGGUCUGCCAACUGGCAUAAUUGAAGACCUCGGGGCUGGUAUUGAGUUUUCUCAUGACAUGUUAACUCUGCAUGAGCCGCUGGUCUUUGCCAUGAGAUUGGUGGCAGCCAAUAGAAUCACGGCUGGGCGUUCUGCCCAGGAUAUGAGACCCUGUCAUCUUCGAGUUGUGAAACUUGCAGUCCCUUGGCGCCCCAGAACCUCUAACCUGACCGGUGCAGCACUCAAAUACGUGGUUGGAUACAUUGACUUGACGGAUGGCUACAUCUCUGGCCAGGAGCCUCAAAGUUGCAUUUGUAUAAAUCCGUUGAGUGCCCACCAGGCUGCCUCACCAUGUGUAUCAUCCAACCUCGUUAGACUUUUUCUAUCCGAUUCGUCAAACGAGUUGCUGCCCACCUCCGGGGGGGCAUACCCUGAGCUCAUGGGCACUGGGCCACUUUGGAUUCAGUUCCGCCCUGGCAGAUACACCAUCGCUCUCAAGUGCAGGUCCUUCCCACGGCCAUCGACGCUGAAAUAUCGUUCUUUCAUCAAUUGGAGACUUGACCAUCAUUACUACGAAGUCAUCAAUCUCAUCUGCAUUAUGGGAUCAGAGGCCAGGCCUUGCUACAACCAUGGGGCAGAGAGCGACUGGUGCCUCUACUGUCCCCCACCCGUCACUGUGACUGUCACAGUCACUACAACGACAACAGCUACAAACGAUGCUGCCGCGACCUGUUCCUGCACAGCCAAUUCAUAUCCUUCUUUCCUCCCUCCUCCGCCCCCCUCCUCCCCCUUCAACAUACUCAUCUGCGUUCACCUCCACAAGCAGCUCUCUCUAUACCUCAGACUGUUUAACCUAUGUCCCUUCAAUUUCAUCAACGAUUGCAUCUUCUGCGACAUCUUCCCUCAUUUAUAUCACUUUCCCGUCAUCCAGUGUGAUUUCCGAGCCAACAUAUUCCCCCACUCCAGAAUUGCCUUCUUCGAGCUGCAUCGAAUCGCCCAGUUAUCCUAUCUCUCAAGGUCCUACUUCUACACACUCGAUUAG